CGCGGAGGAGAUAGGACAACUCAGCGCACCACACAAGGCACUGUCAGCAGCGGCGGCCGGAGACUCCCACGCCAGUGCCAGACUCGAUUGGGAGGGGAGAGAUGAAGGCCACGCUCAAGGGUCGCUACGAGGGCGACAAGGCCACGGCCGCCACCAGCCUCGCCGCCCCCGCCGGCGACCUCCGCCUCAAGGCCUCUGCCACCGAGGCCGUCUUCGCCAACGGGCCUUCCCUCCGGGGCCUCACCCUCACCCUCGAGAAGCCUGGAGCUUUCCUCGUCGACCUCAAGCCCCACAACCAGGAUGUGCGCUUCCAGUUCAUGAAAUCCGCGCUCGUGCUCGACAAGCGCGUCAGCCUCACCUACACCCACUCCACCAGCCUUGCGGCGCCGGCGCCGCCCUCCCGCACCACGCUCGACUGCACUGCCACCUUCGACCCCGCCAACAAGGUCAGCCUCUCCCACACGCUCGGGUCCGGCGGCUGCCGCGUCAAGUACACCUACGCGCACGGGGUCGAGCGCCUCACCACCAUCGAGCCCCUCUUCGACACCAACAAGAACGCCUGGGAGUUCGCCGUCACCAGGAAGUUAGCGGGAGGGGACGCCGUCAAGGGCACCUACGCCGCCACCACCAAGCUGCUCGGCCUCGAGUGGAGCAGGGACUCCAUCGCCGGCGGUUCCUUGAAGGUCGCGACUAUGUUUGAUUUGUCGGACCAACCCAAAGCACCAAAGCUAAUAGCAGAGAGCACAUGGAAUUACGAGAUAUGAUUUUUUUCCCAUAAAAAUGAGAAAUCAUCCUUCUCAUAUUACUUACACCUACUGCUUGCUUGAUUACUGUAUCCUCCAGAACAAUGGAGCUAUUGUUUCCCAUGUGCUGGUUUGCAUCUGGUUAUGUUGACC